AAUGUCGAAUUUUAAACUAUGGACAUAAGUUCAUACCUACUCCAACCUCUAAACAACGCUUAGACAUCACUUUACCGGAUAACCCCUUUAUGGCCCGAUCUUUGGACGACUUAGAACGCCGCUACAAUCUAUUAUUUGAAUUUGGCGGAGGCGGUCGGUCAAAAGUCGUCAGGAUCCCAAACCCUUAUUAUCACCCAAAACCAACCCUUCAUAUACAAAACUUUAUUAAUGCCCUAAAACCAAAAAUAUCAUCUGAUUUUAUUAAAACACCACACUAUAACCUUACUAUUCAAGAGAAAAAAGCAUUACACAAUCUUGCAAAAAACAGGGAUAUAGUAAUAACCCUUACAGAUAAAAAUUUGGGAUUAGCUAUUAUUCCAUACAUGGAAUAUAUUAAAGUAAUGGAAGAAAUGCCUAACAAUAUCGACUACGAAGAAAUUAAGCAUUCUGAGGAGGAAUGCAUAGAUAUUAUGCAAAAUCGAAUUCUCCACUUAACUAUGACAAUGGAGAAUAAACAUAAUAAUUAUUUUCUCCCAGAAGAUUCACAACUUCCAUACUUUCACCUAUUACCCAAACCCAAGUCCUUAAACAAUGAACAUAAAGCUAUAAAAAGAGGACUUUUUGAAAAUAUAUUUUUUAGAAGAUAUAUCGAUGAUAUUAUAAUUUUUGGUGAUAUAAUUAAUGAAAGUUUAAUUAAUGACAUAUAUCCUACUCACCAUAACAUAAGUUGGCAACACAUAGAUAAUGAUAAAAAGGCUAAUUUUUUAGAUUUAUCUAUUGAAAUUGUAGGAGAAAAAAUUAUCACUAAAAGGUACUCCAAGUUCCCCAGGAUGGCUUCUUUUGUACACUACAAAUCUAACCACCAUUUUAAAGGAUAUCCUAAACAUAUCCUAAUGGAAGCCGAUACAAUUAUUUGGGAUAAUCGUUUAAAUACACUUCAUCAAAUAAACAAUAAACGAGUAGAUGACAAACCUUUACCACCCAUUAUCCUACGAGUACCUUAUGACUCUUUACUUUUUAAAGAGAAAAAUUAUUCUAAAAUCCUACAAGAGACAUUUAACAAUACUCUAGGAAAUCUAAACAUUCAAAAACCUAUCCUAUGCGUUACCAACAUGCCGUCUUUAGUCAGAAUCCUUGCCCG